AUGAUUCACAGCAACGAAGGGCUCUCAGGAUAUUUACGCCUUCGACUGACGGCCCCGGUGCCUUUCAUUGAGCGCUUCUCGCGGUUGAAGGCGAAGUUCGAGGCGAGUUUGGAUCAGAUGGACGGGAACGGUGAGCAGGUGGAAGAAAACUACAACGAACAAUCGCAUGUGGAAGAACAAGCCGAGUACGAGCAAGAACAAGAAGCUGAACAGCAAGAGCAAGUGUUCCCUGACGUUGGCGCUCCCCAGAACGGGGAUGCACCCGACACAUCAGCACCCUUCGAGGAUCCCUCCGCACCCACUGAGGUGCCUCAGACGACUGUUUCCGACCGUCUUGACGCCGAUGAAGUCCAUGAGGCCGCUGGCGAGACCCUCGUCUCUGCGGACCAGGACAAUGCGGCUGCGCCAGACGUGUACGCCACGACCACCGAGUCCACCGAUCAGGCGACCGAAUAUGCCGAGCACGCCGACCCCUACGAGGAAGGCGAUGAGGGUGUUGAGCAGCAGUCGUACGACGAGUAUGUCGAGCAAGCGGAAGGUGGACAGGAGGCUGUCGUGGACUUCAACGAACAGCAGCCAGGACAAGAGUAUGCCGAGGAGCAACAAGAGGAGUACAAUGAGGACGGCUACAAAGAAGGCACGUAUGACGGGAAGGUUGACGAAAAGUUCUACGGCGACGAACAUGUAGCCCAAGGGGCGUCUGAUGUCGCUGGUGAGGGCGAGCAUCCAGCAGGUAAUGAUGAGCACGAGCGUACUGGACACGAAGAAGCGUCUGCGACUGAUGAUGCGCCUGGUGCUGUCGCCGAGGAAUAUGAUGGAGAUUCCCGACCUACAGACCCCAACGCGGACCCGGGGCAGCUGCCGCCUUUGCCCGAGGAUGACGGUGACGAAGAUGACUCUGAGCUAACUACCGAGGGCACUACCUAUCAAGACCCAAUCGUUGUUCCUGAGCCCGAGGCGCAAGCGGAGGGCGAGGGCGAGGAAGACGCUGAGGAAGAGUACUACGAGGAGGGUGUAGAGGAGUACUAUGAGGAGGGCGAGUACGAGGAAGAGUAUGAGGAAGGGGCGGAGGUUGGAGAGGAGGUCCUCGCUGGUGAAGGCGAGGGCGCGCCUGUCGUUGAGGCUGAGGCUGAAGGUGCACCUCAGCAGGCGGCCGAGGACGUUGCUCCAGACGUGGGUGGCGACACCGGCGAAGUCGUCCAGGAUGGUGAAGCACAUGACGAGGCCGAUGGUGAAGCACAUGGCGAGGCCGACGGUGAAGCCCAUGUUGAGGCCUCCGGUGUUGCGCGCGGCCAGGCCAACGAUGAGGGCGGCGAAGCGCACACCGUCAUUGAGGACGAGCAUGUCGCCACCGACGACGCUGAAGCUGAAGCCGAGGACGACGAGGCGGACGCUGAGGGCGAAGACGACGUUGACGAAGACGGCAACGACACGUACGGAUUCGCACAGUACGAGCCCGACACGACGGCGGACACGACGCUGGACCUUCACGAGGUCGCGACAGACGCUGGCGAUCAGCGCGAAACGGAUGCUGGCGAGCAGCUUGAGGUCGCAUCGAACAUAAGCUCGACGACGCUGUCGAGCACGUCGCCCAUGCCGCCGCCAAAGGCGUCGUUCGCGGAGGCUGCCGAGAUGCAGUCCUUGGACACCGCUUUCUCGAAGUCGUCGGAUGCGUCGUUCUCGCAGCCGUUGCAGAGCUCGCUGUCCCGCUCGGCGAAGACCCCGCUCGCGAAGUCGUCUUCGAAGCGUAGCUUGCGGGAGGUGGAGGAGGAUGACGAGGAGGGGGCGUCGAGUGGCCAGGAGAUGUCGCCAGGUACUAAGCGUGCGCGUGUGGAGGCAUGA